AUGCUGGAGAUAGCUUCACAGGGAUAUGUUGUCACUUUUGUAGGUCAUUCGAUGACAAGAAAGCGAAAAACUGACAAUACUCAAAGUGAAAAUGACGUUGGAGACAACAAAAAGGAGCGAUCUUUUGACUAUGAUUACCAGAACUCGUCAGAAGAAGGCCCUUCCACGGAUAGGGAUCCAACCCAGAGCGACAGCCAGUACCAGCGAACAUUUCCAAACAAAAAUCGAGGUAGAGGCGAUUAUCGCGGCCGUGGAGGACAAAGAAAUCAUCAAUUUACUAAGGGGAGAGGUCGAAGCUACGACACUAAUGAUUUCGAUCGGAAGUAUGGACGAGUCGGUGGCGGUAAUGAAGAUGAAGUACGCGAAAGUAUAAGAGAAGAAGGUAAAGGGAAGGAAGAAAAGGAACCAUAUCCCGCUGAACUGGUAGCAUAUUUAAAGAAUAUUGAACAAAUGCAAGUGACAGAAGGACAUUUAGAUAAUAUGGUAAUCGAUAAAUGUGCAGAAGAAUGUACGGGUGAAGAAGAAAAGCUGCUAUCCUUCAGAGAUUCGUCCAUUGUCGUUGAAAGCGUAUUCGGUUCUUCGCAGCGUGGAGCAGAACUGUUUUUGUCUGGUCUGGCAAGGCUGAAACAUAAACGGUUGCUUGAUCUGUUUUUCUCUGGAACAUCAGCACAUGCUAUCGAAACAUUGUUCUAUGCACUUCUACCGAUUAAAACAAACAAGCCUGUUGAGCUACUAGAGAAAUUUUCUGAUUUACUUUGUGAUAACUGGAACGAUGCAGUGGGUUGCCAGCACUCAGCAUUCCUUGUUCGAUGUUUUGCCUGGGUUGCUUGUGGAUUGAAGAAGAAAGACAAGACUUCACAUGAGGAUUCAACCACCGCACAAUCAAUAGAGGAUCAAAGUGCAGACAUAAAAGUCGGGCUGUCGCGAGUCUUCGAUCGAAUAGCUUCACUAGCACUGGAGAGCGCGGCCACUCCUCGAGUUGAAAAUGUGCAUCUUUCACUUGUUGUUCAAGACGUCUUGGAAGCUGACAGAAUUGCUAAGCUUGGAAAAUCUACCUUACUUGUUGACAAAAUUCUCACUACAACUACAGGAAAUGAUUUGCGUCAGCUAUGGAUGGGUAAGAAUAGCUCACGAGUGUGGGAAAAAUUAGUAAUGACAUGUCGUGAGGAAACCCUACAAUCGCUUUGGGAAACUAUUGUAACGGGCCAUGUGUCAGAAUUAGCGGCUCAUCCUUCUGCCAACUUUCCGUUGCAAAAUUUCAUCAGUAGUGUGAAAUCGUUGGAACUGGCAACAGACGUGUGUCAUGAGACAACGCCGUUAAUCCAAAAGUUCCUAUCAAGUGAUCGUUGGGGUGUUGCGCAGGCAUUGCUGCGAUGCGCUGCUAAACACGAAGAUUUGCAAGAGCCUCUACUGAAAGCGCUGAGACAGUAUUUCAGAGCCGGCACGAAGGAGAACAAAGUCAAUUUCUUGCUUAAUAUUGCCACAAUGAACAAGUACAACGGAAAAUCGUUUAAUGAUUAUGAUUUGCAUUUGCACGGCUGCUUGCUACUGGAGGUGUUACUGACGUUUAAUAAGAUUAAAACUUUAACUGCUUGUGUCGAAGCACUUCAAGCGUCGGAUAUUGUUAAAUUGCAUUUUCUUCCUGAGGGUUUCGGCAUAAUGGAACUGUCGAAUUUUCAACUUUAG